AUGGAAGAGGCAAGUGGAGAGAAGAAGGCAAGUGGAGAGAAGAAGAAGGCAAGUGGAGAGAAGAAGAAGGCAAGUGGAGAGAAGAAGAAGGCAAGUGGAGAGAAGAAGAAGGCAAGUGGAGAGAAGAAGAAGGCAAGUGGAGAGAAGAAGAAGGCAAGUGGAGAGAAGAAGAAGGCAAGUGGAGAAGAAGAAGAAGGCAAGAAGGAGAGAAGAAGAAGGCAAGUGGGAAAGAUGAGGAAGAGAAGGUUAGGGGGUGAUGAGACGGUGAGGAGCAAGGAGGGAAAGAGCGAGAACGAGGAGGAGGAGGAGAGGAGGAGAGGAGGAGAGGAGGAGGACGAGGAGAGGAGGAAGCAGAAGAAAAGUUUCUAUGCAUGCAGUUCAUGGUCUGGUGCUUCGUGGAGGAAGUGGGGGAUUCUCGUUGCUCCUUGA